UACAUGUCCAAAACGAUGCUCACCGCGGUGGAUCAGGCUCUCGCCGCUGGUGUCCUUGACUGUCUAUUUUUUUAGAAUGUUGUGGGUUAGGUCUGAAGAUUGCAACGGGAUUGAUCUUAGUCGUGUUCUCUUUAAUUCUUUCAGCUAUGUUGCCUGUAACUAAUCAAGAACUUCACAAGUUUCUUCUUAAGAGUCCGCUUCUCCACCCAGCCACAGGCUUUGUCGAAAAGGCUCGCAAAUGCUUCAACGAGGCGGAUAACCGUUGGCAUUUCGUGUUCAUGGACAAAAUCAGUCAAGUUGCCAUCAAGGUGGACCAGGCAACUCGUGCGGGGAACAGCGCUGGGCCAGCUCCUAUCGCGCAAGGAUUCUCGAUGCAGCACUACAUGGACCAAGCUGCAGCCCAAGCCGCACAGGGCAAUGAUGCUGGUUGGCUCGGUGGUGUCUUGCAGGAUGAGGAGUCCAGGGAAGAGGCUGAGGGACAGCACGGCGAUGCUGGCGCGGCCGCUGCUGCAGAUGAAGACUCUGACUAAGUGAGAAGAUGAAGUCUGUUGUUGAUGAAGAGCGCUGUCGCCUUCUGCUUGCAGAAGUCGGCUGUAGCUAAACACCACAGAGAGACCUGCGCAGAGAAGUUGGCUAGCUAUGAAAUCUUUUACAUGUUAGCCCGUGAAAGCUUCAGGAUGAUACUACCGCGCCAUAAUUGUUUCGCGUUCUUGUUUACUGCAGCCACCACCUCGAAGCUCGUACCACCAUGCAAGAUUUGGCUUCCAUCUUCUCAAAAGUUCAUUGAUCUUCUGGUGUAAUGAUUAUGCGAACAUCUAGCGAGUGUUUCAAUUCAUUCCCCACCCGAGUCAUAUUUCAUACUUAAUGAGAGAAUCUAUAAAUAUGGCGCCUUCUCUGUUUAUUUCCGACGUUGAAUUGAUAACAUCUUUUGGGAGUGGUCUAGUAUUGUUCGACGCCAUUAGAGGAAGUCACUGAGAGACGUGCACAGACAGCAUGUGGCUUCUAUUUCAUCAGUUGAGGUGAUAACAUUUCACGACAAGGGCGGUAGUCUAUGAGUUGUUUGAUGAAGUAGGGCUGCAACAUGUUUCGACCUAUUUCCCCUGCGGGGGUUUCUUCAUGAGUUCGCGAAAUAUAAAAGAAUUAUGAGAAAAAUGAAGGGGAUGAUAGUGGUGCCCCAUAUCUGUUGUUAUUAAGUCCUCGCAUCUUUCUUAGGUAUUUUCUGCUGGUGGUCCAACGAGUGGAGGUAAGGGGAUGAGAAGUGCUGAGACUAAGUUGCGGGGACAAUAUUGCCCAAAUAUCACCAAGGGAUGAGGAUUGGCACUUUACUAGGGUGUAUCGUGUGGCGUAAGGGGAAACAAUAUGAAAAAAUGUCCAUCGUCGUGAAUUAUUAGAGGCCGCGAGCCAGUGCUGCCCGUCUAUCCCCACUGUCUCAGGCAUUCCAGCCUUUGCAUGUCGGGGAAUAUUUUCAAUAUAAACGUCUUGAGAAUUCAAGUGCUCACACACUUGACGCUGUACCGCUUCAGCGAGUCUGGAGAGACUCUGAAGACAGUGCAGCAAUGAAAAACCUAAUCACCGAACCCGACCCAUGAAGUUUUAGAUGUAACCCCUGCGGGGGUUUUCGCCGCUACUAU